ACACAAAAACUUAUUGUCUCAAAAGUCUAUGGUCUUAGACUCAUCAACAUUUGCAGGGUUUGCUGCUGGCAUAUUCACAUUGAUGAGAACAAGAGGGUAGAAUCGUGUCUGCCUGAAAUCUAGUGAGAAAGAUCAAAAGUCUGAAGUCCCUCUCAGUUUUGCAUGAUCAACAUCGUCGUCAUCAUCAUCAUCAUCAUCAGCAGCAACAACAACAAAAUUACAAAAUGAAAACUUCUCAGAGAAUUGGGGUCAGACAAUAUAACAAAUCUGAGUUUCCACGCUUGCGGUGGACGCCUCAACUUCACCAACUCUUCGUCGAAGCUGUUGAAGGUCUUGGUGGAAAAAAUAAAGCAACUCCAAAACGAAUCUUGCAGACAAUGAGUGUGAAGGGUCUGAAAAUUUCUCAUGUCAAAAGCCAUCUGCAGAUGUAUAGAAGCGGGAAAGAUCAUGAUCAGAAUGAUGUUCUUGUACCCACAAAGCAUUUCUCCAGGAAACACUUGCAUCACAUACAUUUUGCAGAUAAUCUUGGAGUCCUCUCCAAUAUUUUCUCCCCUCUAAGGCUACAAGAAAAUGGGCUAGUAUGUCAAAGAAGUGACGCUUUGGAACAUGAACAUGAGAUUCUGCAAACAAAGGAGGAAACCAGCUGUGAGCAGCAUCAAGCACUAGUAUUUCUUGAGGAAAGUACGUCCUUAGGUAAUAGAAUGGCUACGGAAGAAGAAACUUCCGGUGCUGGCCCGCUAAAUGAAUUUUGUGAGCUCUCACUGUCAUUCAAUACUCCACCACUGACGCAAUGUGUAGAAGAAAGAGAGUUUUGGGUUUCAAAUGACAAUCACAGUACUUCUCAAUCAAGUUCAACUGAUAACUUUAGCAGCUCAGAUUUCCACUCUCAUCAGAGAAGAAAUCACAUAAUAAACUUGGACUUAACCAUCUAAACAUAUUGUGACCGUUUGUUGAUUACCUAAAAAUAGAAAUAUUGUUACUGAGAUUCAGAUUUAUAUAUGAAUUCUCGGAUUUAUUUUUAUUUUUGUAGAAAAUUAAAUUAGUUAAGUCUUUGAGUUGUCCUUAUUGAUUAAGAAAACAAAAGAUUAGAUUCUACUGUAAUAUCAACCUCUAAAUGUUUAACCAAGUAAAUACCUUCAAACCAAAAACUUGUUUAGUAAGAAAGUACAGUGCUACUGUAUGUGAUAUAUAUAUAUAUAUAUAUAUAUACGGUUUUGUUUAUGGAAUUAUGUAAUA